AUGGCCAACAAGCGCAUCGACAAACUCGCCAACUUCGACGCCUUCGUGAAUCUGGAGGUGCUCUGGAUCAACGGCAACCAGAUCCAGGAGCUCGAUGGGCUUGACGGCUGCUUUCGUAUCAAGCAGCUCUACGCUCAGAACAACUGCAUCCGGUCGCUGGAAGGCUCCUCCCUGCCGCACUUCAAAUUCCUCCGAGAGCUUCGCCUGUACGACAACAAACUCAAGGACUUGCAGGGCACGCUCGAGGUGCUCAGUCGCCUGUCGCACUUGCGAGACCUCGAUCUGUUCGGCAACGCCGUCGUCGAGGAAGAAAACUACCGUUUGCAGGUCAUUCGAGCUAUCCCGUCGUUGGAUGUGCUGGAUCGCCAUGUUAUCACGGACGAAGAGCGCGCCAAAGCAGCCAGGUUACAGAUCCAUGGUGUUGACGACGGAGAUGCCCACGGCAAUCAACACGGCGGCAAGAAGAUCAAGAAAAAGCAAUCGGGGACUGUGGCUGGUGCUCCGCCGCAGGUCUUGUCUGGGACCGUGAAGAUGCUGUUCAGAGAGGUGGCGGCCAUCAAGCGAGAGCAGCAGGCACGGACCUUAUCCUGUAUUGCACAACGUAAGCUGAAACGGACUCAGCAGCAGGCGCUCAACGCCACGUCGACCUCCAGGAGAUCCGGCAACAACAACAACAAAGCCGAAGAGAUUCCAGGCCUGGGCGACUGGGAGGUCACAGCGCUCAAGAAACACUUCCAAUCGCUCGAAGAAGCCAAGAACAGGUACGUCCUAGAGCCCCCCGAGAACUGCGACAGCAAGCGGCCGCCUGCUUCGACAAGUGUGCUGCCAUGCAACGGCGACUGCAAGCACUCGACACCAACGAUGCAAGACACCUUGUCAAGGAGAGCUUCGAAUUAUCGCAGCAAGGUUACCAUCUGCAAGCGUUGGCGGAUGGCGAUCAAUCAUCGAGCAGGUCCAGAUCCUCCCGCGUACCCAGUUCUGCCGACACCAAAGAGCACUGGGAAGUUCCUUCGACAUCGACUCCACGCACACGUUUCUACAUGA